AGUACUCUGAGGCAAGAGAACUUUCUGAGCUGAGGCCUCACUCUCACCCGCUGGCAUGCCACCCCAAACCUGGGCUCAGCAGAGACUUUUGAUCAAAGGGGGAAAAGUUGUGAAUGAUGACCUCUCUGUGGUGGCUGAUGUGUAUGUGGAAGAUGGAGUGGUGCAGCAGGUGGGACCAAACCUAAACCCAGAGCCCUCGACUGGACUCGUUGUGCUGGAUGCAACUAACAAGCUGGUGAUCCCUGGGGGCAUUGAUACUCACACACACAUGGAAUUCCCUUUCAUGGGAAGCAGGUCAAAAGAUGACUUCUAUACUGGAACCAAGGCAGCUAUAGCAGGAGGAACCACUAUGAUCAUCGACUUUGCCAUCCCUCAGAAAGGUUGUUCUCUUACUGAAGCUUUUGAUACAUGGAAAAGCUGGGCAGACCCUAAAGUCUGCUGUGAUUAUUCAUUGCACGUGGCAGUUACAUGGUGGAGCAACAAGGUGAAGCAAGAAAUGGAAAAUCUUGUUCAAAACAAAGGUGUCAACUCCUUCAAGAUGUUUAUGGCCUAUAAAGAUAUAUACAUGGUCAAUGAUGAGGAGCUAUAUGAAGCCUUUUCCUGCUGUAAGGAACUUGGGGCAGUUGCUCAAGUCCAUGCGGAGAAUGGGGAACUAAUUGCACAGGGUGCAAAGAAGAUGCUGGCAAUGGGAAUAACUGGCCCUGAGGGUCAUGAACUGUGUCGUCCUGAAGAAGUGGAAGCUGAAGCUACACAAAGAGCAAUUACCAUAGCAAAUGCUGUAAACUGCCCCCUUUAUGUAGUCCAUGUAAUGAGUAAAUCUUCAGCAAAGGUGAUAAGUAAUGCACGAAGAGAAGGAAAAGUGGUUUAUGGGGAGCCUAUUGCUGCAAGUCUUGGCACUGAUGGCACCAACUACUGGAAUAAAGACUGGGCUCAUGCUGCAGCAUAUGUGAUGGGACCCCCACUGAGACCAGAUCCAUCUACUCCUGGUUUCCUCAUGAACUUACUGGCCAAUGAUGACCUAUCUGUGACAGGGACAGACAAUUGCACCUUUGACAUAUGCCAGAAAGCUCUGGGCAAAGAUGACUUCACAAAAAUCCCUAACGGAGUGAAUGGUGUGGAGGAUAGGAUGUCAGUCAUAUGGGAAAAAGGUGUUCACAGUGGAAAAAUGGAUGAAAACAGAUUUGUAGCUGUUACCAGCACAAAUGCAGCAAAAAUCUUUAACCUUUACCCAAAGAAGGGCAGAAUUGCUGUGGGCUCUGAUGCUGACAUUGUAAUUUGGGAUCCUAAAGCUACAAGGACAAUAUCUGCAAAGACACAUCACCAGGCAAAUAACUUCAAUAUAUUUGAAGGAAUGGUCUGCCAUGGAGUUCCAGUCGUGACAGUUUCAAGAGGCAAAGUAGUUUAUGAAGGUGGAGUUUUCAAUGUCACAGCAGGAGAAGGCAAAUAUGUCUCCCGUCCACCAUUCCCUCCAUAUGUCUACAAACGAGUCAGGCAGCGGGAACAGGUAUGUCAACCUGUUUCUGUCAAGAGGGCACCAUAUACAGGCACAGUCUCAGGAACACCUGUCACACGAAAAUAACAGGCUCAUUCCCCAGUUUUGGCUGUUGCAGAUAAAAGCAAAUGAAAAUGACCUUGCUGCCCCCACCAGCAGUUCCUUCUGGGUCCAGCAAUCAAUCCACAAUCAACUUCUCAAGAGCCAACAUGAAACAGUAACCAAUAAACAUUAUACUUGGUUUCCUACAUAAAAUUGUCAUUGAAAUUUAUCUUUGAAAAUACUUUUGCUGUAAGAAUUGGAAAAUUCUUUUUAGAAAAUAGAGUAAUAAUAAAAAAACCCUACAAUUAUAAUGUGGCAACAGCUCUGUAUAUUCUUAAAAGUA